AUGACCAGGAUCAGAUACACAGGGGAGGACUCAUUAUCACAGACCGGACAGCUGAGGUUUACCAUCUACAAUGCUACUGUACAGUACGCUGAGAAGCCGACCACACCUAACAUCACAGGACGUGCCUCAGUUGUCUCAGGUGAGAAUGUCACCCUGACAUUCUCCUCCUCCUCCCAGAGUCUGGCCCCGGACCACCCCCCACUGAACAUGACCUACACCUGGAGGAGGAACAGGACCCUGCUAGGAUCUGGUGACGGGUCUCACACAGGUGGAGAUGACCUGACAAUAACCCACAUCAGCAGAGAGAACCAGGGAGACAUCUACACCUGCCAGGCUUUGGAGGAGGGGCUGGAGUCUGACUGGAGUCACGGACAUGUAAUGGAGGUUCAGUAUGGACCUGACCAGAUACAGUUUAACGGUGCAAGUGACAGGCUAAAGGCAGAAGAAGGUGAGCCUCUCACAGUGAGGUGUUCUGCUGACUGUCACCCCGCCUGCACUGUGACCUGGUGGGACACAUCCAGACAGAGGGAGAUCACAGGACAUAGGGAGGCUGUGUUGUAUAUACCAGCUGUAGACAGAUCUGUGUCAACAACAGAUAUGGGAAUACAUCACGGAACCUGACGCUGGACGUUUUCUGUAAGACUCAAACAACAGUAGCGAUAGACUUAUAUAUAAGGCUACCGAUAAGCAUAAC